UGAUAGUGCUAUGUUGCCUUCGAAUCGCUGCUGCUAUUCGCCGCCAUCUUUGCUUUUGCUACAUCUUCCGAAUGAUUGUGCUGUGAAGUUGGGUGGAUUCAUUUUGGUAUCAGACAAAGUUUUUGGAAGUUAGGCAAUCAUCAUAUUUGUGAACUCUGAGCUGAAGUGUACUGCCUAUGUACUACUGAGCCUUCUGCAAUUAUGUAAAAUUAUGCAGGUCUUGCUGCAGUCCUCGUGUUGACCCUGAGCGUGCAGUACCUGCAGCUCUGCCAGCAUGUCUGGGCAAUAUCCACCCCCCAAUCCGGGUCACCCUUUCACCCGAGCACCUACCCUCCCACCGUGGGGCCAGACCACUGGUAUAAAUAUGGUGGGAAGUUCUAUGAACUUCUAUGGCUCGCCACAUGUGGGACUGCCAGGACGAGGAGGGCAGCAGUCCUGGGUACCUCAGCAGACUCAUCCCAAACCUGCUGACCCAAACCCAGUCUAUGGGCUCCAAAUGUUAAUGUCAGCGGACGGAGGUCAGCGGAGACCACCGGUAUCGGAGUAUCAGCAGGAGGAGACUAUGGACCUCUCCAGUCAUUCCACUACCCCGGCAGAACCGAAGAGAAUGGAGACUUCGGACCCACUGCGGAACGGAACAAUUCUGCCGGCAGAAGUGAAUGGUGAAACGGAACCGGUUAGGACGGAACAAGACAUCAGUGAGAGUGCUGUGACCAGUGUGAUAGCGUCAAAUCCACUUCGCGAGAGCGUCAUAGAUGUGUUAAACUGUGCGAAAACCACGGAGAACUCUGUGCUUAAGAGAGUGGAGCAAUCUCAGAUCAUGCCGGAGAGUUUAAAAAUUGCAAACACCCUUGCGAUGGACACUUCACCAAGUGAGGCUACUGAUUCUGUUAAUAGUAGUUUUGUAAGUUCCGUUUUAAAGACAACUAGCUGUGUUGAACCAGUUAUUACCUCGGAUCCUGUCAGUUCUGGUUGUGACUCAGUUAUUGAGAGAUCAAGUCAGGAUGUUGAACAAGAUUCUGUUGUAGAAAAAAGUGCAGAUCUUCCAGAUUCUGCCUUGAUUGCCAACGAUUCGGACUUAAACGAAUCUCAGUCUUCGUAUUUGGAGAGUUCUACGAUGACUGUUGAUACGGAUGAGUCUAAAUUAGUUGUGGCAGAAUCACCUGCCGAUGAAAUUUUCGGGAUGUCACCUCAGCCUCAACCAGAAAAGAAUUUUCAACCGGAAAAACUGUUUUCACAAGCCAGCUUAGCAUCUUCGCAAGAAUCGUUUGGAAGCGGUCCAACUUUGUCACUUUCAAGGGAGUCAACACCAUCCGUUGUAGUGCUAUCUUCUCAAGAUUCCAUAAAAACAGAAACAAGAGAAAUACAACAAGCAGAAGUAGUUACAAAACAAUGUUCAGAAGUUGUUUCUCUUUCUUCAGAGAGUAAUUUAAGUUCAGCUACAUCCACGACUGCGACGGUACUUCCUCCGUCAGUGGGAGAUUCUGAACCUCACCCUUCCGUCGAAAAUGUGGAGAUUCUUCUGGAAAGCAUGUUCAAUUCUCAGGAGGAGACCUCCUGUAGCUCCCAGGCUAGCGCUGGAGUGCCUCAGUCUGUUAUUGUUUCGAAUGGUUCAAGGGCAUCCGGGGACAUUUUUAAAGCAGCUGACAUAAUCACACCUAUGAAAGAAGAAGAAUUGGCUAAGACAUUAGCAGAAGAUGACAGCAUAGUAGACGACACUGAUGUUAAAGAAGAAAAGAAAGAAGAAAAAAUAACAGAUGAUAUCAUGGAUGAGAUUGAGAAAAAAUUAGAAAUGUUGACGGAAAGUAAUUCUAUUGCACAGAAUUUCGAUGUAGGACAUUCAAAAAUGGAAGUUUCUGAAAAUCCUAAAGAAGAACCAUGUGACGACAAGCAUGUUGAUAUGGAAAAUCUAAAUCAAACAUUGUCAAAUGAACCUCCAAAACAAAAAGUUGAAGAGAUAACAUCUAAACCAAACACUGACAUUGAAAUGCUCACGCCAAAAACAGAAACGGGGCAGUCGAGCAAUCCUUUUAUUGAAGUGGAAACAGAACUAGAGAAGAUGUUCGCUGGCAUUGUAGAACCAGCUGAUGAAGCAUGCAGUGACAACCAAUCACAAUCAGUGGUUUCUGAACCAAAGAAACCGGUCACAAACAGAAAACCAGUUGCCAAGAGGAAAAAGGCAAACUCCAGGCGGCCGUCUGACAACAGCGUCUUUGGAGGGUCCUCUGGGGAGAGUACACCAGUUAGGAAGAAAGGGAGGAAACGGCUCAAUGAUGCAGGAAGUGAGAAAAUCUCUAACAGGAAGGCGAAAACGGAAGGUGGAGAUAGUGGAAGGAGGGGGAGACUUCCAAAAGACACAUCCAAUGAUAGUUUGAGCAAAGCGAAGGGUCCGUUUUUACAUAUUGAAGGUUCUAAGGAGAGUCCGGCGAGUGUGGUGGUUGUCAACAGUGGAGUCCUCCGAACUGAUGAUGAUGACGCUAUUGACAAGGCCAGUGCGAGAAGGAGACAUUCUUCAAUGCAAAGGACAGAAGGUCGCAAGGCAGGUCCUGCCUAUAGUUCCAGCACCCUGUCCAUGCGGUACAACUCCGACACUGCAGACCUGACCUGGGUCUGUGUGUUCUGUAAGAGGGGCCCUCACUGCAUGGGGCCUGAGCCAAUGGGAGACCUGUUUGGGCCUUAUCGGAUACCUGCGAUGCCACAUGGUGAUGAGUUGUCACAGCCCGGCGUACCCUCCGACCGAGAAGUAGUGGAGGAGCAAAAGCGACGUGGCGGUGGCAAGCAUGCGAAGAGCCUCAGGGCUAGUGGCACCACGGAACUGUUCACCCAAAAGCUUGGCAAGAAGAGCAAAAGGUCUCAGUCAACGGAUGGGUGGGAGGUUCAGGCUGGUCUACUACAAGUGGAGGGUGGCUACGAGGUGUGGCUGCAUGGUACCUGUGCUAUGUGGGCUCCUGGCCUCUGCAUGAUUGGCUCACAGAUGGUCGGGUUGGAUGAUGCCAUUUGGACAUCUCUGCGGACGAGAUGUAGUCAGUGCGGUGAACUGGGAGCUGGUGUAGGCUGUGUUGUUCGUAACUGUCCACUCACCGAACAUUACCACUGUGCCACUGCCUCCGAUUGGCUCCUGGACACAGAGACUUACAUCGCACGGUGUCCCUCACAUAGAACGAGAUUAAGGCCAACAUAAUGAUUUUAGCAAACGAGACGCCAUCACGAUGGACGUUGUUGUGCACAACAUGCUUUUCCACCUGGGACCGGGAAAAGCUGUAUUUAGACAAGUGCAGGUGUAGAAUUUUAUUUCCGUUGGACACCUUUCCGCUUCUUGUUGUAAAUUUUAAGAUUUUUUAUAUAUACAUAGUAUGAUCACAAAUUUUACUUAAAAAUCAUGUAAUGUAUUAUCUAUAAUAUGUACAUUAUAAUUGAUGUAAAAAUCGAGAACCAAAUAGAAUAUUUAUUUGUA